AUGAGAGUGCUAGAGUUUGGAGGAACAGGAACAUAUCUAUACAAGAACAUAUCUUUAGUUCCUGUCAUAGCCAAGAUUGUAGAAGCAGCCAUCAAGAACCAAAUCAGCAGUUACUUUGAGUCUCACCAGUUACUUGCAUCUACCCAGUUUGGUUUUAGGCCUGGUAUGUCUACGGUUGACGCUGUCAGUGACCUUGUGGAUUCAAUUAUUGAAGGUUAUGAGGUUCUCACAUGUUACUGUGAGAAAGGUGAGUUGUCACAAGCUCUAAUGUGCGACUUAAGCAAGGCCUUCGACUGUGUCGACCAUGGCGUCCUUUUGCAAAAGUUAGAGCAGUAUGGGGUUACUGGUACUGAAUUGAAACUUUUUGAAUCUUAUUUAAAUAACCGCUAUCAACAAAUUUGUGUCAAUGGUUCUCUAUCCGAUGCUGCCCAAGUUCUGUAUGGUGUCCCAUAG